AUGGAUGAAACCUCCAUCUUCAACCCGAUCUCUCUCUCAGCUUUCGGUUCGUCAUCAAUCGAGGAGGAAGUAGCUACGGCUGCCACCGAGGAUAUUGCGGAUGAAGCCACCGAUGUGACCAAUUUACCAUUGGGGAAAUCGCGCUUCAUUUACUGGAACCCAUCCACAUGUGCCGUGAUGACGACGUUACACGUUUACACAGGUUCCGGCCGACGUCAGCUCACUGGAGCCAAAUCGAUACUGGAGAUGUUAGUCAGCUUGCGGCAUGAAUUGCUCCUGAGACCCUCAUCUUGGCACGAGGAAAUCGCGGUUCGCCUGGAUUCACAUGUGUGGCUAGUCGCCCGACGUUCCAACGGCCGUGAGCUGUACAUGGUCUUCAUGUGGAAACAGGAAAAUAUGGCCAAAUUGGAUAACUACAUCGAGCGACUCUACGGUUCAACGUUCCGAGGUAUUUUGUUACUGAGUUGAAAUCACGUGACUGUACCAUCGCGUAUCACUUCCAGCUGUAUAGUGUCACUUAUCUUCUUCCUUUCCUGUUUUUUUCCGAUCUCGCUUGCACGAACCCUAUCGAGCACUGUCUUUCAUUAAGAAUCACGAUUUCCCUACCUCGAUUUGCUGUCCAUUCUUGCCUCUGCAUGCAUAAAAAGAAUUACAAAGCGAGUUUACCACGACCACACUCCUUUCACAUGCCGUAUAUCCGAUUUAUUGUUGGAUUGUUAGUCUAAUAUCACUUGUUAAUGAUGAUUACCCUUCUGUCAUUUUUCUUUACCUGUUGUUGUGAUCAGAAGACACAAGCCCCGUUCCCAGUUCUUUUGCGUAAUUGUUGACAACCAUACUUACGCUAAAUCUUGUUGGACACUUUUUAUGCCAAUGCAUUUCCG